AUGCCACCUAGUUUCGAUUCUCCCGCAGUUCAGGGCGCCGCCCUUCAGACUGGUGGCGGCCCGCUGCGUCCCAAAAGCCACUUUGACAAGCGCACGGCCGAAGAGAUGAAGAAGCACCUCAAGGUGCCUGUCCGCUCCCUCCAGGAGACCAUGGCCUGUGCCUGCCGCCUGCUCGCGGCCAAGCAGGAAGACGCUGGCAUGACUGGUCAGAUAAGCGCUCGGUCGGAGCGCGGACACGGCUUCUACUGGACUCUACGAUUCGGCGUUGGUUGGGACGAGGCCAAGCCAGAAGACUUCAUCGAGGUCGAUGGCGAUCUCAACACCGUCACUGGUACUGGCAUGCCUAACCCAGCCACUCGCUUUCAUCUCUGGGUCUACCGUGGCAGGCCGGACGUGAACAGCAUUGUUCACACUCACUCCCCGUGGGUCCAGGCGCUCGCCGCUGCCCGACAGCCUCUCGUCGUGGCGCAGAUGGAUAUGACACCAUUCUACGAUGAUUGCGCAUUCCUUGCAGACUGGCCAGGCGUGCCCAUUGCCGACGACGAAGGUGUUAUUAUUACAGGAGCUCUGGGCGCUAAAAAGUCCAUCAUCUUGGCCCAUCACGGCAUGCUCACGACUGGAACCACCGUGCGGGAGUCGGUGUACCUCGCUGUCAUGCUGGAGCGCGCAUGUCGGAUCCAGGUACGCGCCGCCACAUUUGGUCCAUUGCAGCCUGUGGAUGGGGCGCUGGCCAAGGAGGCCGGCUCGUAUCUCUUGCGACCUCAGGUCGUUAACUCGACAUUCGAGUACUGGUAUCGCCAGACAAAAGGUAUUCCGCCGUUGGAUCUUUGA